UAUUUAACACCAAUUCACUGUUUAAACAAAUAAAUGAAAUAGAAAGCAUCGUGCGUGAACCGAUGAAAAUUAUUAUCUAUCGGUUCGUAAUCGAGCUACCGAAUUCAAUAUGGAUGAGUGCACUGACCACUGAUCAGAAUGUAUAAAUAUGAGGCAAACAUGGCUCAACAAUUCAGUUGUUCUCUGAGGUAAUCCGGCAAACAAGUGAAAUACGCACACCCGCAAUCAGACUUUUUAUCAAAAUGAAAUACUUUAUUGCUAUCCUUGCAGUUGUUGCACUGGCACAAGCCGAAGAGGAAUGGAAUGUAAAGACCGCAGCCGAUAUCAAAGUAAUCCGUCAAGAAUGCAUCAAGGAAUUCCCCCUUAGCCAAGAAUACAUUCAAAAAAUGAAGAACUUUGAGUAUCCUGACGAAGAACCAGUACGCAAGUAUUUGCUUUGCACUGCAAAGAAAUUGGGCAUAUUCUGCGAACAUCAAGGUUACCAUGCCGACCGCGUCGCCAAACAAUUCAAAAUGGAUUUGGACGAAGCCGAGGUAUUAGCUAUUGCGGAGAGUUGUGUGGACAAUAACGAACAGGGCAGCAGUCCUGAUGUGUGGGCUUAUCGUGGUCACAAGUGUCUGAUGGCCAGCAAAGUUGGUGAGAAGGUGAAGGCCUACAUCAAGAAGAGGGCGGAAGAUGCACAAAAGCAAUAGAUUAAUGAGACUGGCAUUCCAUGGAAUAAUAAAAUAAGUUUGGUUAAUACAUAAGGGGACCCUUUUUGUGCCUGCUGGUACAAUUGCGAAGGUUGGAAAAGGGUUUUCUUCAUAACUUAAGUGUGCCCUGCACAUAAGUCAAUAGUUCGCAGUUUUCGCUAUGUAAUAAAAAUUUCUAAGUUUUAAGUUGAUUUUAGGCAAUUUUUUACGGAUUUUAUUCCAUGCAAAGUAGCUGGGAAUUUUUUUUUUUUCAUUUUCAUAAACUU